AUGUUGCAAAGCUGGCGCCAAGCCCUCUGGGCUCUUCUUCUCCUCGUGUCCGUCGCCCAGGCCCAAUUCAACUUCUUCGAGCAAAUGUUCGGAGGCGGCGAGCAGCAACAGCGCCAGCAGCAUCGGUCGCAGAGUGCCCCAAGUGACAGCGGUCGAUACCAGCAGAUGUGGAAUGCAGCUCAGUGCGACAACUAUCUCUGCCCCGGUACUCUCGCUUGCGUACACUUCCCACACCACUGCCCUUGCCCACACCCAGAUGUUGAAGAGAAGGUCGAACUCGGGGAGGGAAGCGCUAUCUGUGUAUCGAAGGGCGGAUUCAAGGCAGGCGAAGCUGCGCGGAAAAUCGAAUUGGCCCGUAAGGGACUUUUGUGA